AUGGAUCACUCAACGUCCGCAGUUUGUCGUAGUGGCGGAAGUGGAAACGAAGACUCAGGUAGAGGCGAAGUCUACAACGCUUUUGUUCCAAUGGACGAUCUCCAUUUUCUGCCUCGGUAUCUGUGGAUGCCCGUCCAGCCGGGCGGUCGCAGCGAGUCAGUAACUCUCUUGGAGAUGCUGAGAGCCAUUGACAGAGGACAGUCAAGAGUGUCAAGAUUCUCCCCAAGUCCCAGAUUUCGUUCCAGUGGAGUUUACUGGGGAGCAAACCUUGAUCCAUUUGUCAUGAUGGAUAACGAGAUCACCCAAGCAAUCCGGUCCGACAUUCAAGAUACACUGCGGUAUGCUGCCGACAAUGAUGCAGAACGCCAGCGCCGCGGACAAGGACAUAAUAGCUACUCCGAUGGAUACUCCGAUGGCUACGCCGCCGGCUAUACCGCCGGCCGUGCUGACGGCCACGCUAACGGUCCUACUAACGGUUCGACUAACGGUUCGACUAACGGCUCGACUAACGGUUCGACUAACAGCCAGGGAAGAGGCAACGAUGGUGGCAACAAUAAUGGCUCUAAUAACGGCUUUUUUUGGUUCGUGGACGAAUGGCUUGGUCUCGGAAGAGGCAGCCACAAUACGUAUCGAAUUAGCUACAGCGCCGGCUUUCGGACUACAUAUGGCCGCAGAUAA